AUGACCACGCUGAUUCCAGUGCCAAAGCCCUCAUAUUCCCAGGCCAGGGAAACCCUGGUAAAGGCCAUUCCCCCAAAGGUCAUCUGCUUGCUGGCCUGUGGGGGAAGGGAUUGCCGCUAUGAGGGGCCAGUGUGCUGGAGACCAAGCCAACAGGCUAUUAAGGGCCUCUUCUCUAGCUGGAUGACUGACGACAUCGUUGCCAUGGCAAGGCCAUCUACCAAUCUUAUUAAGGCAUACAACAUAAUAGAUCAGUUUAAGAAGUUGAACAUUAAAUCCAUCAUUAACAUGCAGCUGCCAGGCGAGCAUGCUCACUGCGGUCCUGACCUGGAGCCUGACAGCGGCUUCACAUAUUCACCUCAGAUCUUCAUGGAGAAUCAGAUUUACUUCUAUAACUUUGGCAUGGCUGAUUUUGGUGUGUCGUCUUUGGAGGGGAUUCUCAAUGCUGUGAAGGUUUUGGCCUUCUCUGUCCAGGAGGGUAAAGUGGCUGUACACUGUCACGCUGGACUAGGCAGAACAGGAGUGCUGAUUGCAUGCUACUUGAUCUACACAUUAAGGAUCAGUGCUAGUGAAGCUGUGCACUAUGUUCGGAUGAAGAGGCCUUGCUCUAUUCAGACCCGUGCCCAGAUCAACCUGGUGUUUGACUUUGCAAGGCUCAUGGGCUCUCAGCUGGCACAGUACCCAAUGCUGAACAUGCGCCAUUGUGCCCCAUUCACUAUAAGGCAGUAUCUUCAGCGCCAGGCCGUACUUUUACAUGGAGAAGAGGCCCGGUCUCUCGCACACACACCAAAGAUCUUGCAUUUUCUCUGCAGUCUGCUGACGGCCCUCGCCCAGGGAACAUCCAGUCCUCCAGAAGUUUGGCAGGAACUCCAGAACAAAGCAGCCAUUUUGGUUUUACAGCAGUCUGUGAGGAAUGUUUUGGUUCUGCAGCGGUAUUGGCCUGUCCUGGUGGAUGGGGAGGACUCUUGCGAAUCUGUCUCUUCAUGGGACGAGCCGUUCGGAUUUUUAGAACGGAAAAGGGAAAUGCUUUUGUACAAGCGCAGUUACAGUGAAUCAGACCUCAGCAAAAUUUCUCUGAACAAGGACAUUAAAUUUAUUCACAGUUCCACACUGUUUGGGAAUUUCAGUAAAGUCAGCAACGGAAUUAUGAAUCAUUUAAGAAAGGAGGAAUCAACAAAUCCUUCCUUCACUGUCUUGAUAAACGAGUCUAACUGUGCAGCAGACAGACAGAUACACACCUCACCAACAAAUCAUCACCUGGGUAAGCCCAGUGCUGGCAAGAGGGCAAAGUGCAUGAUGAAAACAUCUCAGAGAUUCCCAAAAUUCAGCUCCAAUAUAGAGCUCCGUAAAAAUAACAAGUAUGGAAAAGCAUCAUUAGCAUCGAGAGCUGUUGCUAGAGCGAUGGCACAGAAGGAACCCACAGGUAGCAGAAUCCUGGAAAGAGCCGCACAAUUACAGGAGGAACUGAACAUCAGUGCUUAUGGAUGGGCCACACUGGCCAUGGAGACCGACCCAAAAGUUCUAAGUGCUCUGAUGUGGAUCUGGUUAGAAAAACUAAAGGAUCCGGUCCUGAGCGCAGACGACAUAAGUAAACUAACAAAUACGCCUGGUCCAAAUCCCCUAAAAAUGCUGCACAAGUCUCAGCGUAGCACUCUGUGUUGUUUGCUGAGUUGUGUGGCUCAGGUGACGUCUCACUGUCCACACUUUGAAAAUGCUGUCUUGCAGAAGCUUAUCAAGGCACUGACCCGGUACCUUACAGAAGAAACAGAGAGCUAUAACACAUUGAUGAAGGUGCUGAGAACCAACGUAAGAGAUAUGCAGAGUCUCUCUCGCUUCUAAACGGCGACAGGGACAACAUCAGGAACUGCUGGAAAUGGACCAAAAAUAAAUAAAUCCAUUAAAAUAUGCUGUGUUUUAUUUCCUCUGCUAAUUGUAA